GGUUGGAAUCAAGAAAACUACUUUGUUGUGGACAAAAAAACUACGUACAAGACAACUAUUCGCAAAAUUAUCGCGUCAUAAUUCCUAGUGGAAAUAAAAAGCUUGAAAGAACAAAGCAAAGCAUUAUUUGAAAUAUCUACAAAACAGCCCACUCAUUACAACUCUACGACCCCAGAUUAUCUUUAUCUCCACCGUUUUUACUCACUUCCUACUCUACCCUCGGCGUAAACCUAGAUCGUUUUUUCUAGGCAAUUUAAUCGUAGUCUACCAAGAAUCUACCUCAAGAUGGCCACUUCAGUUGAUCUGUCUGAUCCGUCCGUCUUCGACGGCGAGACGCACGUGGACGAUGUCGCUUUUGCAAUGCAGUUCGCUAAACUCGAGUUAGAACGCACUAAGGAUGCUCAAUCUGCUGCUGGAGCGCUGUCUCUCGGAGGCGGUGGUGGCGGUCCUUCUGGAAACGAAGAGGUUUCUUCCGGUGAAGAGGAGGAAGAAGAUGACGACGAAGUUAAGCAGGAUGCGAAGAUGAAGCAAUCCUCGAAGGAUGGUAAUACUGGAGUAUUGCUUGGAACAGUAUCCACCGUCGAUUUUGACGGUUUAGCGGACGACGACGAGGACGAGGACGACGUGAAGAAGUAUUUGGACCAAGUGUGUGCUGCGAACGGUCUCCAACUAUGCUCCGACGACGAAGACGACAUUAACAUGGGUGCUGGUGGUGGCGCAGCGUGUGCGAGCAAUCCUUUCCUGAGUGCAGCAGACGCAGCAGCAGGAGCUUCGUCAGCUUCAACACCUGGAGGCAAUGUUGCUAAUACUUCUAGCGCAACAACAAGUGGUGCAAAGGGAAGCAAUUCUAAUACGACCUCUUCCAGCAGUAGUAUAGUUGCCAGCGGUCAAGAGAAACUCAAAGGUGCUUUACCCGACGCUGCAGAGCCGUCUCAGAGCACGAUCCUUCCAGCAGGAAAAUUGCUCUCGCUCGUCGACAACUUGAUCGUAGUGCAGGGUGAUAAGGAGUGUCGCGCACUGGAUUUGAAGUCCUUGCUGUGCACGCAAGAAGGCGUCAUUAUCGGCAUGGUCCUGGACGUUUUCGGAAACAUCCAUCAGCCGCAUUACUUGGUCUUUCCAACCAAUCCGGAAAAGGUGCAAAUUGUGAAGCCAAAUGAAGCCAGUACUGACGAAGAUCAGAGCAAAGCAAGCAAGACCAUCGUCACGGUAGGAGAAAACGUUUUCUACGUGAAGGAGUCCAGCGGGUACGCCAUGGACUUCUUGCCUACUGAUUACGAGUUGAAGCGACCCGAAUUCCCGACGAACAUGGAGGAUGAUGCAGCAAUCGAUGGCGAAGAGAGUGAUGAUGAGUUGCUUCAUCAGUUGUAAGGGCGGAAUAGAGCAACUACUCAGAGAUGUUGAAGGACUAAUGGAUACUGAGAAAGGGGGAAGUAGAAUGUACUUGGAGACGUGAUCAUUUGUAUUUUCUUCCACAAAUAAGGACUUCGGAUUGGGAAAACCAAGAUCAUCUUCCGACGUACGGAUGAAAAACCUCCUUAUUUGGAGAAUGUUUUAUCAAAAACGCCAUUAGUAACCACGGCUUCGAAGAAGGCUGUUGUCUAAGAUUUUAGACUGUGAUCCCCUAAUGAAACUAUUGUUGAGACGAAUGUAAGUCUUGUCCAUGAAGAUGACACCUACAGAUACUUGCCUCAAAAUGUGAGUUCUACACUGGUACUUAACUGUAAU